GGGCGGCCCCGGCGGGAGGGUGAGGGCGGUGGCGGUGGCGGCGGCGCAGUCUGCACCAUGGCGUACCCCGGGCACCCUGGCGCCGGCGGCGGGUACUACCCAGGCGGGUAUGGAGGGGCUCCCGGAGGGCCUGCGUUUCCCGGACAAACUCAGGAUCCGCUGUAUGGUUACUUUGCUGCUGUAGCAGGACAGGAUGGGCAGAUAGAUGCUGAUGAAUUGCAGAGAUGUCUGACACAGUCAGGCAUUGCUGGAGGAUACAAACCUUUUAACCUGGAGACUUGUCGGCUUAUGGUGUCAAUGCUGGAUAGAGAUAUGUCAGGCACAAUGGGUUUCAAUGAAUUUAAAGAACUCUGGGCCGUGCUGAACGGCUGGAGACAACACUUCACCAGUUUUGACAGUGACAGGAGUGGAACAGUGGACCCUCAAGAACUGCAGAAGGCCCUAACCACAAUGGGAUUUCGGUUGAGUCCCCAAGCUGUGAAUUCAAUUGCAAAACGAUACAGCACCAAUGGCAAGAUCACCUUUGAUGACUACAUCGCCUGCUGUGUGAAACUGCGAGCUCUGACAGACAGCUUUCGAAGACGGGAUACUGCUCAGCAAGGUGUUGUGAAUUUCCCAUAUGAUGAUUUUAUUCAGUGCGUCAUGAGUGUUUAAAUCAAGAGGAAGCUGCAUGAACAUAACCGACAUUCCGACUGGAGUCCUCUUUUGCCUUUGCCUUCAGUAACGUGUGUAACUUGCAUCACUGCUUUUCCUUAAGGGCCGUCAUAAACGUUUAUUACUUUAUGUACAACUGAAGUUUUUAGUAUUGAUAAUAAAUUCUUUGGAAUUUUACUAAUACAAGAUCGGGUCUCUUAUACCAUUUACAACUUCGUUGAGCCAUUGUCAGUGAUGCCUUAUUUUGUUGCUGAGCCUCUUUUAUGUAAAUUUCAGCAUGCAAAAUGUUUAAGGCACAUUAUGUAUUUUUCAUUGUAAGAUACUUUAAAAUCUUCCCAUCAGACUAUAUUGUUCUUAUCUUUCCUAGAAGAGAUUUUACAUGGUAUUGAAGGCCUUAUGUGUGGAGUAUUCUUAUCAUGUAAAUGAUUUAUACCCUCUUGGAUGCAGGGAAAAAAACAACGAAAAACCAUGAUAAUCCAUGUCAGGCUUCACCUUAGUGGAAACUUAAGAACAGGCUUUAAGGCUUACACAUUUUUGAUGGCCACACAAUUGGACAGGGAGCAUGAGUGAUUAUUUUCUGCCUCUUUAACACCUGUUGAACCAUUUGAGUGGCAAAUACUAUCUGUCACCAAGUUUGUUUGUCAUCAUCCACCUAGACCUUUAUUAACUGCACUUAAAAAUCUUGUAAAUUAUGGACUUAACUAUGUAAAAAAAGAAAACUGAUGGAAAGAAACCUAAGGGAAUAUAUGAAAAUAUUAACUAUGGUCAUUUUUGGCUUAUGAGAUUCUAGGUGAUUUGAAUUUCCUUGAUAGAUUUUAGUAUUUUCCAAGUUUUCUAUAAUGUGUGUGCUUUCCUUCUAAAAUCAGAAGAUAAUUUUUAAAAUAUUGAUAGAUCCAUUUUGAUAGGCCAUGCAUUCACACUCACAUUAUAAAAUAUACACAGAAAAAGGACUGGAAGAGAGGACCAAGAUAUUGAUGUUGCUACCACUGGCAGUCAGGGUCAUGAGUUCAUUUUCUUCCUUCUUACUGUUGUUCCAAAUAAUCUCUGAUAAGCAAGUAUUGCAUUUAUAAUGGAAGACUUUUUUUUAAUUUUUAAACCACGUGCUUUUAAGUAGGAUCUGGAGUCCAAUACCGGCUGUGUCUCUUCCUGAAUAUGUAAAUUAAUCAUCUCAGAUAAUCUCAGAGCCUCAGUUUCCCCAUCUUUGCAAAGGAGAUUAAUACUCCAUGGGAUAGGUCUGAACAUGAAAAAGUGUGUUGGUUUAAUAAGCACCAAUAAAGUUUCCGUUUCUUGGAUUUAAAGCUGGUCUGGUUUGCUCUUUUUUGCGAGAGAGCACAAGAGGUGAAACAUGAUGCGGUUGGCCUAUUUUCUCCCUGCCAGCAGAAUAUCUGUCUUAUUUUAGGGCUCCAGUGUGAUAGCUACCAUUCAGAUGAUCAAUUAUUUGUCACCAAUGAGAAAACAUUUCUAAGCAUCUUCAGCCUCAUUUCACUUGGUUAUUUUUUCAAAUAUUGCUAAAGUAUAUUAAAUUUAUAAAUAUUUAGCCUUAAGUGUGUCAAGUAUUCACACCUGGACUACAUAUGUGAGGCAGCCUGCUUUAUAUUACACAGUGUCUCUAGGUUUCACUCCAGAUACACUGUGAGACCAUAAACCUUGGCUUGAGCCUGAGCUUUCUAGCAAAGGGCUAAGGAAGGGUCAGAGGACCAGGAGGCAGAGAACUCAUUGUUAAAGCCCCAGUGCCUGCUGUUUGAUUCAGACUCACUAGGAUCCCACGAGGAAGGGAUAGUUAAAGGAAAUGGUCAUUUCCUGGGUGACCCUAAUGUGAUAAGGAAGAAGGCCUACACUAGCCCAAAGUUACAGACCAUGUUUGAACUAUCCUCCUGCUCUGGUAAGUCCCACAGGGUGCUGCAUCAAUCAUGGUUCUGAAUUUGCUUUUUGGAUAAAUGCUCAAGUAUUGCAAAACCGUGUCUCUUGAAACAUUCAAUUACUUCAGUUUUAAUUAUUGAUACCUUGUAGCAAUCUCCUUAUCUCUUCCACUUUUGCUUUCAUAGUGUCUUUCCAAAAGUGUGGAGCCUCGUCUUCAGUAUGUCCCCACAGUUAGAACGUUUCCUUCCCCUUGACAAAUUUGACAUAUCCAUCCGUGUUCUUCAAUUACAGCCAAAGUCUUCAUUACAAGUGAAUCUCGGGUUGCCUUAUUCCUAUUUUAUGUUGGGUUCUGUGUUUCAUUCACUAUAUACUUCCAGUGUAGUCUCACCAAUUCUUAAAACUGUUUCUUGAUCUGUUCUUCUUAAAAGCAUCUAGCUGGAGUAUGGUCAAGCUGUGAGCCCGAGCUUGACCACUUCAAUUAUUUAGAGAUGAAGUUCCUCAAAAAAUGCCAACUCAUCUUUGGAGAUCAUGUGAGUUAGUCUUGUGUUUCAGGAGAUUCAUGAUUUAUAAAGUACCUAUAUGUAACCAGUUUUGACGCACUCCAUUGGAAUGUGGCUGCAGAAGCCGGAUUUAUACCACAGCAGCCCUAUAUAAUUAACCACAGUCCUCUCUCCCUUUGAGCCAAAGUGGAGGUGAAACUGCAUUUCAGCAUGAUGCUCCAGGUGGUACUGUCUGUCCAUGAGAGGCACGUGAGCUAAAACUUGUGCUAUCCCAACUAGACUUUGCUUUUGCUCACCUGAGUGUGUUACUGUUUCAGUGUUCAUCUGAAUUCUUCUAUGCCUAAAAUACUACAAAUACAAGAAAUGGAGCUAUAUGUAAUCCUAAAUUUUUUUAAUCUAAUAAACAUACAAACUCUAGUCAAUGACUUCUGUUAUCCUCACGUUAAAACUACUUUGGGGGUGCCUGGGUGGUUCAGUUGGUUAAGCGUCUGACUUAUGCUGAGGUCAUGAUCUCACUCUCCAGGAGUUCGAGCCCUGCAUCGCACUCUGUGCUGACAGCUCAGAGCCUGCAGCCUGCUUCAAAUUCUGUGUCUCCCUCUCUCUCUGUCCCUCCUCCACUCCUGCUGUCUCUCAAAAAUAAACAUUAAAAAUAAUAAUUAAAAAAAAACAGUAGUCUGACUACUUACAACUACUUUUUUCCUCAGCAGACUGUGAGCUGAAGGCAAGGAAACAGCAGGUGUCAAGGUUAAGACCAGAGGAUGAAAUGGCUCUGUGAGAGACAAACAGCUAGGUGGACCAGUGUUUUAGGCAGUGAAUCUCCUGAACCUAAGCCAAGUGCAUCCAAAGCCCAAUGCUUUAGAGUCUAACACAGGUGAGCUUAUUCUAUUAAAUAAGCACCACUGCCCGGGCUCUGGGUCAGGAUUCAGGAAACAGAUCCAUGUUAGGGUCAGAGAGGAAGUGCUUAUGAGGCAAGGCAAGUGGAUAACGGGAGACUCCACCUGUCACUCAGCUGAGGAAACUGUCCAACAAAGUGAGCAACCAGGCUUUGCUACAGGAUCUCUGUACUUCUCAUGCUUCUGAAAGAAACCACGAUCGGGAGAAAAAACAGGAUUAAAGGGAGUCAGGCAUCAAAAUAACAUAAAAUCUUUUAUUGAAAGUCACUUUAUUGAUGUUACAAUGAGCGUAACAUAGAAAACUGUGGUAUCUUUUUAGCUUCAGAAGUGAAUACAAAUAAAAUUGUGCCAGAAAUUUGAACCUCAAGUUACAGUGACCUUUAAAAACAGUUAAGGUUUUUGUAUACCUACAAUAUAAGAACAACUUGAUAAUUUGAACAGCCAUAAAACACAUCACGCUUGCUCAGGAAAGCAGUUGCCAUAAACAUUUCAGUUGGUGAUUGCCAAAACCCAAUUUUUAAAAUAGCUUAAGACCUGAAGUGCAGAGGAGCAGAGAGAAUAUAUUAAAAUGAAGCCAAUCUUAGGUAUAUACACAGGAUUACCUGGUUACCAAAAGUGAAAUCAUGCCGAUAAUAACACUUCCCCACGAAGUGGCUUCCACUAUCUGUAGAUGGACAUCACCCCUUAAGAUGAUGGUUGUGGAAAACACUAGCGCAGACCUACCUUGGCUAACAUAUAAGCUGCUAUGUUUAGUUAGAAUGCCCAGUUCCUAAAAGAAGUUGUCUUUUUGGGAUGCUAGAUUGGAGGGUAAGUCUCUUCCAGCAAGUUUAAAAAGGACAUACGUGCUUAGUUAUCCUGAAUAAACCUUUUGUUAAGCACUUUAGAAGU